AUUCGAUCUCACUGAUCUCUAUAUCCAUUGCUUCUCUAACAAUGCAACCUACUCUUGUCUUGGCUUUCUUUGCUCUCUUUGCUGCUGUCUGCAGCGCUUUGCCUGCUUUCAGCAAACGUGAUCCUUCUUACACGAUCCAACUCAACUCUGAAACUGCUUUUUGUUCCUUCUUGCCUCCUAAUACUGGUGACGACGUAGGCUCUACUGAAAACGACGGCAAGCCCUUCUGUACCGAUGACAGUCUUGGUGGCGAGGCCUUCCCUACCGGCUUCAUCCAGACUGCUCACUUUGCCAGUACUGACGACUAUGUCCAGGUCACCGGUACCAUCGAUCGCUCCAAGUACAGCCUUAGCUCCUCUGACGGUGGUGGACAAUACGACAACAAGGACAUUGACGGCGUGGUCUGCAAUGGCUACAAGUACUGGGUCAACAUGCUCGAGCCUGAUGCCAACACUUUCUGUAUCCGUUGCUGCAAGAACCAAUCCGACUGUAACUUGGGCUUGUCUACUUAUGGUUGUGAAAGAGUUGUUCCUGGUGACUACAGCUAAAUAACGGUAGACCAGCCAUGAGAGUCACUGCAUUUUCUCUUGUCUCUUUUUCAACCAUUUUUAUUUAUUUCUAUGUAUUUUUAUCUGUAUUUUUAUCUGUAUUUUUAUCUGUAUUUUUAUCUG